AAGUUAGCUACGAAGCCCAUCUGCAAAAACAUAAACACUCUCUCACAGAGAAACAUAACUACUUAUAAACGAAUUAGAGCAAUACCAACCAGAUUUUUGAAAAUGGAAUUCAAGAACACUGCUUCAUUAGCCCUUCUUCUCUCACUUAACCUUCUCUUCUUUGCUGUGGUCACUGCCACUGACCCUGUCCCUAAAUUACCUGGUUCCGCAACUUCGUCUUAUUAUUCUGGAGGCAAAUGUGAUCUCUUGAAGUUAGGAGUAUGUGCCAAUGUGCUUAACCUGGUUGAUGUGGUUGUCGGAUCCCCUCCAACGCUGCCAUGCUGCAGUCUCAUCGAAGGCCUUGUCGAUCUUGAAGCGACUCUUUGUCUAUGUACCGCCAUUAGAGCCAACAUUCUGGGAAUUGACUUAAAUGUUCCUAUCGCACUCAGCUUGGUUCUUAAUAACUGCGGCAAGAAAGUCCCGAGUGGCUUUGAAUGUUACUAGAACAUCUUCUUGGUGGUCUGAUAAGCAUGUUUAAUUUUUUUAUCUUUAUAAUUUUUAUUUGAUGUUUACCGUUUGUAAACAAAAUGUAUGGUUUGUUUCCCAUUGAGGGCAUCUCAUCAAUUCCCUUUGUUCGGGUCCUUUUGAGGUGCCAUUUUGGGUUAUUCCUUUGGUUGAGUUUGAGUUCCAACAAAAUUUAAAUUCA